AUGUUUCGAAAGCCAAAGCAACGUAAUUUACGUGGUCGAAUAGAUAUUGAUAAUACAGAAGAAGAUCAAUCAAAUGUUUCAAAUACACAAUCGACUGUUAUACAACAACAAACAGUAACAACAAAAACUGUAAUCAACAAAACAGAAGUACCAAAAUCAUUAUUAAGUUUUGGCGAUGAUGAAGGUGAUACAGAAGAAUUUAAAGUUAAUAAAACACGUGAAAGUCGUAAAAUGGCAAAAGAAGUUAAAAAACAACAACAACAAUUGCAAAAUACAUCGAUUGAUUCAAAACCGAAUGUAGUUAUACAACAAACAACAACAACGACGACGACGACGACGACUGUUGAAGAAACAAUAACAACACCUAAAGAAGAAAAUAAUAAUAAUGGAGAAAUUCAAAUAAAAUUCAAACCUCUUCAGAUUAUUGGAAAUAAAUCUUCAACAAAUUCGUUUACAAGUUCAAAUGCUGAUCUACAGCGUCUUCGAAAAGAAAUGAAAGGUCUCUAUAGACCAGAAGGUGAUAUACCUGAUUUAGAUGAUAUUCAAGGAAUUUUCGAAGGAAAUGAUGAUGAUGAUGAUACUGCACUUGAUGAUACACAACGUUCAGUUAAAGUUAUGUUAAGAAGUGGUGUUAUUCCCGAUUCAACUAUGAUACAUGCAGCACGUAAACGACGUCAAAUGGCUAGAGAAAUGGGUGGUGUACCUGGUGAUUAUAUAUCAGUAAAUACUGCUGCUGAAAAUGGAAAUGAUCGAAAAUCACGUUUAAUACGUGAUGAUGAAAAUGAUGUUAGUGAUGAUAGUGGUAAUGAAGAUCCACAUAUUGUUAGUAUGGAUAGAAAUAAAACAAGAGCUGAAAGUGAACGUCAAAAAAAUCGUGAUCGAUUUUUAGAAUUAGAACAAGGAAGUGAUAAUGACGAAGAUGAAGAAGAAUUUCGUCGUUUUGAACAUGAACAAAUUCGCAAAGGUGUUAGUUCGAAAAUCUCUGCAGUGUCAACAAUCAAAACAUUGGCUUCCUCUUCUUCCAAAUCUCAAUUUUCUCAAUCACAAACAGAAAAUCUUUCAUCAUCGCUGGUUGAACCACAACCAAUGGAAGUUGAAAUAACUCGAGAAUUACCUCCACUUGAAUUACCACCUGUUACAUUUGAUGAUAUUCGAGAUCGUUUAAAUGAUUCUUUAAAAUCAAUAACAGAAUCACAUGAAAAACAUAAAAUUGAUUAUGAAAAAAUAAAUCAAGCAUAUGAUGCUAGUCAUAUAUCAUUACAACAAAAUACAAUUGAUUAUCCACAAAUGGAAAAAUCUUAUCAAUUUUAUCAACAAUGUCGUGCUUAUGUAUAUUCAUUUCUUGAAUGUUAUAAUGAAAAAAUGGUAAUUAUUAUAAAUCUUGAAGAACGUUGGUUACAAUUAUAUAAACAAAGAACUGAUAUGAUUGUAACACGUCGACAAGAAGAUUUUAAAGAUCAAUGUCAUGAAUAUUCAAUACAAAAAGCAACAGCAUUUAUUAAUGGUACAUUAACAACGAAUGAUUUUCGAACAGUUCUUGAUCAAAAACGACAACGUCGAGCAACUGAACGUGAAGCUCGACGUUUACGAAGAAGAAAAGAUCGUGAACAAACAUCUACACAACAUUUUGAUGGAAUGUCAACAGAUGAUGAAGAAAAUCAAUCAGAUAUUAAUUUAUUUUUAACACAGAAACAAGAAAUUAUUAAUGAAGCUGAACAUUUAUUUGAUGAUGUUUCGGAUGAAUAUUCUCAAUAUAAAAAUAUAAAAAUAAUAUUUGAACAGUGGAAAUAUCAACAAAAUGAAACAUAUACAGAUGCUUUUAUUGAAAUAUGUUUACCAAAAUUAUUUUCACCAUUAAUACGACGAGAAAUUAUUGAUUGGAAACCAUUUGAAACAUCUUGUCGAGCUAUUGAAGAUUAUAAUUGGUAUCAAAAUUUAUUAUUCUAUGGUGUAAAAGAUGGACGUAAUGAAGUUGAAGAUUUUCAAUUUAUACCAUUAAUUGUUGAAAAAGUUAUCAUACCAAAAUUAACAAGUAAAAGAAAAUUAAAUAAAUUUUUUUUCUUCUUCACUAUAUCAAGCAAAAAAAAAAGCCAGAUGUAUUGGACACUUUAUUUUAUAGAAAAUUGAAAUUAAAAUUAGUAGAUCAAAGAUUUAAGUUUUAUAAAUUGUCAUGCAAUUCAUAAAAAAUUAUAAAUAAUUCUAUUUCUACUAUCUAGAAUUUUCCAUAAUAAAUUUAUAAUAAAGAAAGAAAAACAUCAUCAAUUAAUUAAUGUAGAGUUUCAGAGUAAAAAUAGACAAGAUUGCUAUUCUAUUUUAUACUCGUCAAUCUCUUUCGAUGAAAGGAGUACUUAUAGGACAAGUUGACUUAAUAGAACUUGUGACACUUUAUUGUUAGAUGUACUCUUCAAAACCAUUGUGUAUUGUUUUCACUGAUCAUACAUUCAGAACUGGUAAGAUUAUAUGAGUUUUGUUUGUAAAAGUACAAUUAGUUAUGCAUGUUUGUGAUCAUUUAAAGAACAAAAUAUUUCUUUAUCUAAAGAUUUUUCUACUAUAAUUCAUAGGUGGCAAAGCUAUGAGACCUGACUAAGCUCGAAUCUACUCUAGAUUGCAUAGAUAAAAGCUUAGAUAGACUCGAAUUAUUGUAAAAAUUUUCUACUACUGUUUAAUUUGGAGAUUCUUCAUUACAAGUGAAAAAGAACAGAAUAAAAAAAAAAAAUUUGAGCCACAUUAACUAGAAUCUGCCUAAGUUUUCCUUCGCCUUUGGCGACUAUGAUUACAUGUCUAUUAAACACUUUCAAUAAUGAAAAAGCUUACAAUACAACAUGUUUUCUUUUGUGAAAUAUUUUUGCUUCAUCAUCCAAUAAAGCAGAUUAGAAAAAAAAAAUCUUGAGUCUACUUUAGAAUCGAAACGUUUCGUCGUCUAUGCUAUAAUCAAGUAUUAUUCUUUAGAAAACAAAAAACGGAAAUUUUUCAUAAUAAACUUGAUCUGUAUUAUCAACGUAGUAUGUUACAUUUAAAAAAACAAAUACUAUUAAAUUUUUUUCUCAAUCCUAAAUAAAACACAGGCAAGAUUAGAAUUUUAAUCCUUUUUCUAUGACAAAUAAAAACUACAGAGUGUAAGUCUGGAUGAAGUGAAGAUUCACAUCGACAUCUCAUAGUUUUUUUUUUU